GUUCACCUCGAGGCCAGGCAGGAGGGGCUGCAGCCUCAUUGGCUCGUGUCCCUCCUCUCACGCAUGGAUCCAGGGAUGUGUUGGGAGCAUCAGGAGGGCGCAGGGUGGCGCCUGAGGUUUAGGACUAGAAUCAUUGACCCACUGGCUCUUGGCUCAGGGAUGGGGGCUGGCACAGGGGAUGGUAAACAUUGACUCGCUGACGAACAUGCAGUUCCUAGCUCCCUGGUCACAAGGAGGAAGAACUCAUGGUCCAUUCUCGCUGGGCCUGACUCCUUCCCACAUGCAGGACGAUGCUUCUGGGCCUCACCCUGCUGCUCCUGGCCAGGCUGACCCAGGCCUGCCCUGUGGGCUGUGACUGCUUCAAUCGGGAGGUGGUGUGCACCGCCGAGGACAUGGAUGACAUACCUCGGGACAUCCCCAAGGAUGCCACUGAGAUCAUCUUCGUGGAGACCUCAAUGCUGACCCUGCAGCCCUGGGCCUUCAGCAACGCCAGCAGCUUGUCCAAGGUGGUCUUCCUCAACACCAAGAUUCAGUCUUUGCAGGCAGAGGCCUUCGGCGGGCUGCCGGGGCUCACAGACCUGGAGAUCACCGGCAGCCCCCUGGGGGGUCUUCGUGGGGAGGCCUUCAGGAACCUGACUAGACUCCGCAAACUCACGCUCAACUUCAACACUCUUAGAGCCCUGCCAGCCGACCUCUUCCAGGGCCUGGACACCUUGGAGUCCCUUCACUUGCAAGGGAACCAGCUGCAGACGCUGCCCCCGGCCAUCUUCCAGCCCCUUGAGGCUUUGCGCCUCCUCAACCUUGCCCAGAACCUCCUGGGGCAGAUCUCUGAGAAGCUCCUGGGUCCCCUGGCCAGCCUCCGGACCCUGAAGCUGAGCGACAACCUCCUGGCCACGCUCCCCCGUCUGGCCUUCUGGGGCCUGGGCAACCUGCAGGAGCUGUUUCUGGAUGGCAACAGGCUCUCGGAGCUUCCCCAGGGCGUGUUCUUGGGGCUGGGGGCCCUGCAGAAGCUCUGGCUGCAGCAUAACGCCAUCGACCACCUCCCCCCCACCAUCUUCUCUUCCCUGGGCAACCUGACGUUCCUGAACCUGCAAGGGAACAUGCUCCGGGUGCUCCCCAGCGGCCUCUUCGAGCAGACGCCCAACCUGGUCAGGCUGUGCGUGUCCAACAACCGGCUGGAGAACGUCUCUGCGGGCACGUUCACAAACUCCCCCAAGCUCAGCGUCAUCACCCUGUCGCACAACAGCCUCAGCAGCCUUCCGCCCGGGGUCUUCGACCGCGUGCCCAGGCUCACCAAGCUCUACCUGGGCAGCAACAACCUGACGGCCCUGGACAGGCAGCUCUUCCAGAACCUGACCCACCUGGAGCUGCUGAGCCUCGCCGACAAUUCGCUGACCACCCUCCCCGACGGCAUUUUUGACAAUAACUUCGAGCUUUUCAACCUGGCCCUGCACGGCAACCCCUGGGCGUGUGACUGCCGCCUGGCUUACCUCCUAAACUGGCUCCGAGAGUACAUCGACCGCUUCUUCAACCUUCAGACCUACUGCGCCAGCCCCCAGUACUUAAAGGGCCAGGUGCUGCCGGCGUUGCAGGAGGAGCAGCUGGUGUGCCCGGCGCCCCUGGAGCCCUACGGGGUCCGACGUUUUCUGGCGGAGAAGGAGGAGUCAGGCAGCAGCUGGGACUUGCCGGAGGAGGAUCGAUCCCCCACCAGAUGCACCUACAGCAACCUGGACGGGACGGUGGUGCUUGCGUGCGACCAGGAGGUCUGUCGAUGGCUCCGCGUGCAGCUCUCUCCCAGGCAGACCUCCUGCACCCCGGGCCUAACUUUCAACGCCACUCAGGAAUGGGUCUUGAAAUCAAGUUGCGGCUCAGUCCAAGUCACUGUCUCCAUUAAUGCCCUGGGUGGAGGGAGCUAGAGAGAGGCCAGAGACGGUCCCAGGCUGAAGCUCUGGAGAGCUCCUCCAGCCCAAUGAGUGUUCCCUAAGAAACCAAGAAAUAAAGGGUACUAGUGAUGAUUUCCCAAGGUAAAGUGUGCCAUGCUUGGAGGGAUCUCACUUGGACGCUGGGUCAGGCCAGUGACUGGUCCCCCCCCCCCCCCCCCCCCCCCAGGGGUUCUUUGUCCCUCUUCCUCCCUUUCUCCCCUUGGGGCUCUUCCUUGCAGGCCUUCUGAGCCUCACAGGGAUGCACCGUCCUUGUGUUCUGAGCCAUACCAUUAAUGCUGGCUCAGUGUCAGUGUCUGUGAGCCCAUCCCCAAGCUUUCUUAUGGUCAUUUAGUAAUUAAAGUCACAGCCCAGUGAUGGGGAUGUGAUCUGAACCCUUUAAAGGAAAAGACCAUGUCUUUGGGAUCUGGACCCCAAAAACGAAAAGCCCCUGGACUUUUCCACGUGGCCCAGGUUGCCUGGGGCACCCAGCCCUUCCCAGUUAGUCAUUGCCUUUUCAUUGUGGCCCUCUUUGUCUGCACCCGGCCCCACCCUAGACCCCUUCCACAGGCCCUGGUCCCUGGAGUUUGCCUGGGGCACUUGGCCCUUCCGGAUCCUUCUCUGUUACCUCCCAGGCACCCAAGCUAUUGGCCACUCUCAGACCACAUCCAGAUCUCCCCACAGCCUCUGUGUAGAAGUGUCCAUCUUGCCCUAUUAGGUGGCUUAGACACCUCAAGAGCCUAGCUGGGUUGUAGUCCCAUUACAAAGGCUCAGAUUCUUAAAAUCUGGUCAGUAGCUCAGAUUUUUGGAAUCUCACCCCCCCCCCCCCCACCGGUGUUCUAAUAAACCUUGUCUUGGACUGAAA